UAGACAUAUCCAAUGCAGUGGCACUCAGCUCUCAGAAUAAGUUCGCUUAGCUGGCCUGUGUACUACUGUUGAUCGACAAGUUAUGGCAUCGGGAUGGCUAAAUUUCCAACUUUCGUGCGAGAUAAUGGGCCACAGUGCUGAUGUACGUGCUGUGGAAACACAAGGCAGUGGUCCUCAACAAAAUCUAUUGACUGCCUCAAGAGAUGGCACUGCUUGUGUAUGGUGCCCUGAUGCAGGAUCAAACAGGGAGUUCGUUCUGAGCAAGACGAUUAAUAGUCACACAGGUUACGUUUCAUCCCUAUGUGUGAUUCCUGCAGAUGUUGCUGCUGGCAGGGGAAAAUCUCUCGUUGUAACCGGUGGGCAGGACAACACUAUUCUCGUUCACUCACUGGAUAUGGACGUGGGAGAACCUUUGGAGAGGUAUGUUGGCCAUCAGGGUCUGGUUACCUGCCUUAUUUAUCAACACAACCAACUGAUCUCUGGCUCGUGGGACAGCACUGUGAGGGUUUGGAAGAGCGGGUGUGGUAGUGAAGUGAUUGAGGCACAUAAGCCAGCUGUUUGGGCAAUCGCUGGACUCUUUGCUUUCGAUGGAACUAAUCGCAUUUUAACAGGAGGGGCUGACCGUGUGGUGAGACUGUGGGAAGUAGACACAAAAAUGUGUAUACAAGAAUAUUCUGGGCAUGGUGAUGUUGUUAGAGAUGUCAAGGUUUCAUCUCAUGAACUGUUUCUCUCAGCUUCAAAUGACUGUGUUAUCCGUGAAUGGAGCAUCCAUUCUGGGCUGUGUCUUCGAGAAAUGUAUGGACAUGAGGCGUUUGUGUACAGUCUUGCUCUGAUGCCUAGUCGAAGUGAUGUAGACUUUGUAUCAUGUGGUGAAGAUGGGACCAUCAGAGUGUGGCAAGGAGAUGUGUGCAAGCAAGUGAUACGAGUGCCCGCUACCUCAGUAUGGUCAGUAGCAGUUGAAACUAAUGGAGACAUCGUAGCUGGAUCAAGUGAUGGGGUUGCUCGAGUGUUCACAAUCAACGCAGAGAAAGUAGCACCUCCCCAAGAAAUUGCUAUCUUCAAUUCUAAAGUAGUGGAACACAACUCCGCAACGAAGAAGAGUAAUAUCGAUAUCAGCAAGUUGCCUGGAAUGGAAGCUUUGCACACUUCAGGUCAUACGAAUGGAGACACUCUAAUGGUCAACAAUGAAGGAGUCCCUGAAGUGUAUCAGUGGAACGUUGAUGUCAGUGAAUGGAUUAAGAUUGGAAAUGCGAUUGGAAAGGCUCCAGAAAACUCUCAUGUAUACAAUGGAAAGGAGUAUGACUUUGUGUUUGAAAUUGAGCUGGAUGAGGGGCCUCCACCUAAGAAUACUCUCAAACUACCAUACAAUCGAACAACUGACCCAUACAUAGCUGCUGAAGAUUUUCUCAGUGCUAACAGCCUCCCAGCUAGCUACUUAGACCAAGUUGCUGAGUUUAUCAUUCAAAACACUGGAAAUUCCAGUGGGUCAUUAAGCUCUAUGGCUGCAGACCCCUUCACUGGUGGCUCCAGAUAUGUGCCUGAUUCUGGAGGAGCAGUUCAAGAAAGAGGAUCUGAUUCUUUCAGUGGGAAGAAUCAAUACCAAACGAGUGCUGAUGAUCCAGAAGUUGGUAGUUCGUCUAUGGGGGGUGCUGCUGAUCCCUUCACUGGAAGAGGUGGCUAUCGCCCUGUAGCAUUUAACCAGCCACCUGCUAACAAGCCUGGAAUCACUGUCAAAUUUCAAGGCUCUCAGUUAUCUGAGACUAAUUUGUUUCCAUUGACCAACUACAAAUUUUUUGAAAGCGCUGGUGAAUAUGCAGGAAAAAUAAUGGGAAAAGUCAGGGAGUUCAAUCAAGUUAUAGAUCAAAGUCAGCAACUUACUGCUGAUCAGUUGACUGCAACAGAGGUGCUAUGUUGUGUGUUUACAUGUGGAUCUGUCACGACCAGUGUUUCAGAUCUCUCGUUAAUCAACAAAUUGCUUGACUGGCCAUCACAAAAUUUGUUUCCAGGUCUUGAUAUUGUGCGUCUAGCCUUGCUUAGUGACGUGGGACACAAACAUUUAAUCCCUGAUCAACACACUGGUGCAGAGUUUGUGAGGAUCAUGACCAGUUUUGCACUUGGCCCACAUUCUCAAAGCAAGAACUUGCUGCUAGUCUUGAGAAGUCUUGCCAACGUGUUUUCUCAGGAUGCUGGAGUUCAACUAAUGGACUCUAUUCGAUCCAAGGUACUUUCUGACCUCUGUAAGCUCUAUCCAUCUUGUACAAGUCGGCCUAGCCAAAUUGCUCUGGCGACUGUGGUGCUCAACUAUAGUCAUUACUAUAGUAAGAAUGAAAAGUUUGAUGGUUACAUGGAAUGUACGGAGCACAUUUGCAAGCUCAUUGAUUCUUCAUUUGAUGCUGAAGCCAAAUUUAGAGCUCUAAUUUCAUUAGGAAGCUUGACGUCUGUGAGCAAAGAAGCUGUCAAGUUGUCAGCUCAACCUAGAGAUUUAAUCGCCAUGGCUCGUGGACUAGCUACCUCAAGUGAUAUGGAGAAGGUAAGGCGAUGUGCAGAAGCUGUGCUGGAGUCUUUAAAGUAAUGACCGAUUGUGACAAUAAGUGAUUUACAAUUAUUAUUAUUAUUAUUAUUAUUAUUAUUGUGUAGGUAUAGUUAUUAAUUUUUUUUAAAGACUAGACGCUGUGUUUCUGUUAGCUACCGUAUAGCGGGUUGUUUUCUUAUGAUGGCGUACAUUUCUUAUUGUAGAGCAUCAUACGAAAAGAAAUUAUUCUACUGCA